AUGAAAGGUACAACGACAACAUUAAUUGGAUUAUUGAAAACAGCUCGUCUCCUAAGAUUAGUACGGGUAGCCAGGAAACUGGAUCGUUAUUCUGAAUAUGGUGCUGCUGUUCUAUUAUUACUUAUGGCAACAUUUGCAUUAAUUGCCCAUUGGCUUGGUUGUAUUUGGUAUGCAAUUGGAAGUGCUGAAUUGCCUCAUAAAGAAUUCACAUGGUUACAUCAGCUUGCACGUCAUUUAAAUGAACCUUAUUUAUCAACAAAUGGAAGUGUACCAACUGGUGGACCAUCAUUGAAAUCACGUUAUGUUACAUCACUUUAUUUUACACUCUCAACAAUCACCUCAAUUGGCUUUGGCAAUGUUUCUGCUACAACUGAUUCUGAAAAAAUUUUCACUAUUAUUAUGAUGAUUUUAGGAUCAUUAAUGUAUGCAUCCGUAUUUGGUAAUGUAUCAGCAAUAAUACAACGACUAUAUAGUGGUACAGCAAGGUAUCAUACGGAAAUGUCUAGAUUACGUGAAUUUAUACGCUUUCAUCAAAUUCCAAAUCCUCUACGACAAAGGUUGGAGGAAUAUUUUCAACAUGCCUGGUCUUAUACCAAUGGUAUCGAUAUGAAUACUGUAUUGAAAGGUUUCCCAGAUUGCCUUCAAGCAGAUAUAUGUCUUCAUUUGAAUCGAAAUUUGCUCAACAGUUGUCCAGCAUUUGCAGGAUGCUCACCUGGUUGUUUACGAGCCUUAAGCAUGAGGUUUCGAACAACACAUGCACCACCGGGUGAUACCCUGGUACAUCGAGGUGAUGUGCUUACUGGAUUAAAUUUUAUUGCAAGAGGUUCCGUGGAGAUUCUUAAGGAUGAUAUGGUUGUGGGUAUUCUUGGAAAAGAUGAUAUUUUUGGUGAAAAUCCAUUAUUACACGAAGAUGUUGGCAAAUCAUCAUGCAAUGUUCGAGCCUUAACUUAUUGUGAUUUGCAUAGGAUAUUACGGGAUGAUUUGCUUGAUGUGCUUGAUAUUUAUCCUGAAUUUGCUGAAAAUUUUUGUCGCAAUUUAAUUAUUACAUAUAAUUUACGAGACGAAGCUCAAUCGAUGAAGAAACGACUUGACAGGCAUAAACUUUUACGAAUGUCAUCAUCGUUGGACAAAGAAAAAUAUCUUCACUUCAACGAGAAGAAAUUAUGUCCAUUUAAUUGGAAUGGAAAUAAAAUAUUUUCAGGUUCGAUAGAUAGAAGGGAUGAUUUUGCUGCUCGAGUUGAGCCAACAAUAAAUAAUCGUUCUGAGAACGAUCAUACACGUUAUCAGGUGCUGGAGAGGAGACUUAGUGACAUUGAAAGCCAUUUGGAGAAAAUGGAAAAUAAAAUCAACAGCAGCCUUGAACAAAUUUUAAGGGUUUUAAUUCCGGAAAAUGCUUUAAUUAAUUCGUCUUCCGGUCGUUCACCAAAGGGUACCUCUGUUCGAACGAUUUACUCAUCUCGCAGUGCCUCAGGAAUUCUUCCAUUCAGGUUGGGAAAUAGGAAUGAGGAGUUGAUACCAUUGAGAUUGCCAAGCAGUUACAGUGGAACGGAUGAUGCUAGUAGUCCAUUAAUUGGUACUAGUACCACACCUCCAACACUGUUACCAACCACUUCACGCUCACUUCAACCUCGUCGUUCGGGUCGUCCCUCAUUGGUCUCUGCUAUAUCGGAUCAAUCAACACCAACCAGGUCUGAACUAUCACCUGAAGAUACCGAUACGUUAUUAUAGCACUAACUAAAAUUACGGUUUCAUUCUUCAUUUUUCCUUCAUUUCGU